CGGCGCAGUCGUGUCUCCUUUUCUCAUAAUCAGUCGCCAGUCACCGCACAAGAGCUGGAGUGGGAGGACGCUGCUACGCCAUUGUCAUCCUCGUCAUCUCGUCUUGCAAAUGUCAUUAGAGGAUCUACUACUAGACGUGGCUGGGAAGCUGGCGUUCGUAGAGAACUCGCUCUCUCAGGCGGAGGAAUGCUGUAAAAGGCUUCAGGACAAUGCACAAAAGAUAAAGGAUCAAAUUCACGAGGUUGUGGAGAGACAGGUGGUCUCACUGAGGGGACGUGAGAGGCAGCUGGUGCGACAGGUCGAGGUGGUGACAGCUCAUCAAGCGUGUUUGCUGGGGACACACCAAGCUGGUUUAGUUCAUAGCAAAGGAGCCCUCACUGCUACCCGUGACCUCCUCCAGCGCUGCUCGCCGAAUGACACCAGCACACUCAACAAGAUCAAAGUGGAUGACGUGAGCUCUCGCAGUGUAUGCCCUGUCAACUUUGUAUCGGUGCAACUCGACGAAUCGGCCAUCAGUGGAGCAGUUGCUGAAUUUGGCCAGGUUCGGCUUCCUGAUACCAUCACUCAUCAUUCAUCGCCAGUUAUCCCAGCCAAAGUUGAGGAAUAUGAAGAUGCACAACACGAUGUCCUUCACAAGAGUGUAGCAGGAGAAUCCUCUGGACCCGAUUCCCCUCUGCGCGUGACUGUUACUUUCCCUCGGUUAACAAACCAGAACUGGCUUGCAAAGGAUAAGAAGACUACAGGUUUAAUCCAGUCAUCCAAAGCAUAUAUUGAUAACAGAAUGAACACGCACGGCCAGUCAGGUGACAUCACCUCAUGGUUGAGCAGCCUUCAACUAGCUGGGGCGCAGGAGGAAGAUGAUCAGCCAUCCACUCCUGGGAGUUUAGACAGCUAUGACAUUGUAGGCAACCGUGCCCACUCUGUGCGGACCUCGGAGUGCUCUAGCAUUGAAAUUGUCCCGAGCCACUAUGAUUCUGAGAAGAAUGACUUCAGUCCUCCAAGCUCUGUUUGUGAGAUUGAAAACUUGCAUCAUUUUGUUGGAGAAAAGUCACGCUGGCUUUGUCAAGAUAAUUCACCUUCACCAAAGCUGACCUUGGAGAACAUGAAGAUGAAGUCAAUUUGCCAGGCAAACGAAGCCUGCUCCACUCUUUCUGCAUGUCUGUUCCAGAACAGCUGUGGAGAAUCGGCGUUGGAAAAAGCUCAGCAAUCAGCAGCUUUUAAAGCUCGCAUGCGACGCAAGAGGACCAUCUCCAAGACUGGGGGUGCUGAGGAAGUGCUGGCUCACAUGAUGGAUAUAAAAUCUUCAGAAAACUCUCAGUGGCUCUUGAAGCAAGGAGGAAGUCCAGUGUUCCCCAGGCCAGUGAAGCGAGCCAUGUAUGAGUUGCCAUCGGCCAUGUGGCUGAGACAGACUCCUCCAGUUCCUAACACAAGAACACCAGCAGUUGUCCUGACUACUCACUCUAACAUCUGGCUUCUUAGUAAGCUCAGAAGUCAGAAGGAGAAACUAAAGCAGGAGAAAGACGAAUCAGAAAUUGAGAAGGAUGAGGAUGAGAAGGAAAGCAGAAUUACAACAAAAGACUUAGCCAAUGCUCUGGAGAAGGUCAGCAUGACCUCGGAGACACCCAGUUAUUCAGUAGGAAGGUUGAGCCCAGUUUCAGAUGCACAGUCAUGGCUCUUCCCAAAGAAAUUUGGCCAUACUAUACAGGCACCAGAUAAUAAGUUAGUUGAAAUGGGUUAUGAGAAUAAGAACCGCUGGUUAGUUUAUUCUUCCUUGAAAAAUUCCACUUUAAGUACUGGAAGCAAGUUGCCCUCUCCACUUCCGGAACCUAUAUUGGAUGUAGCUCAAACUGGAAUAAAUAACUGGCUAAUGAAGAGAUUAUAAUUUUUAGAAAAAUUAUUGUAAUAACUAGUUUGCCUAUAUGCAUAUCCCAGCUGCUGGAUAAAAAGUUAGGAAUCCAGUGCUGGAAAAGUAUAUAUAUUGGACUUAUAUAUUCACGUUAGAGAAAUGUUAAUAAUUUUUAUUACUGGUUUAGAUUAUGUUUAUCCUUUCUCAUACUCAGUAAUUACUAAGUUCAUUCAGAAGAAAAUGAAAAAUGCAUCAAAGAAUUGCAUCCAGAUUUGGUAAUUUAUUAGUUACUUUUUCCAGGGGAUGACUGUAUUUAAGAUGUACAGGGAACAAGUACUGUUUGAGAGGAAAAGACACCACACGCAUUUUAUAUAUAAUUUUUAUAUACAUAUUUGUAAACACUUCACAUUAUAAUCUCUUUCUUAUCUUGUAUAUGCAUUCUGGAUUAUUUUACAAAUAAUUUCUUUUAUAUGUUAUAAAAAGUUUAUAAUAUUAGGAAAUUCUCUUGAAUUUUUUCUUAUCAGCAAGCAUUAUAGUAUGAUGAUCACCUAUCAGAUAACGCUGGAUAUGUGUUAAAUUUAAUUUUGUUUUGCAAUAUGAUAGAGCCUGUGCAAGUAGGCUACAUGUAAAUGUUUUAGAAUGUGAAUCCCAAAUUUCUGAAAUGUUUUAGUUAUGAUUAAUGGAUUUCUACAUUUUGUAGAAGAAUUUUUAAUGGAACAUAUUCCUUUUAACUUUGAUGCUGCAUAGAGUGACCUGGUAAAUCUGCAAUUAAGUAGAUUAAGUUGCAUUGUCAAAUUGUGAUAAUGAGAUAGGAAUAUAAUGUGAAAAAUUGUCAUACCCACACAUAUAUGUACAUUCACAUUUAAACACAUGCACACACAAAAAUACAUAGGGAUUUUUUUUUUCCAACUAAGCAAGUGAGUGGCUUAGUUUUUGUGUGUAAUCUCAGGGUGGUGUAGACAAAAGCAUUUUUGUGCUGCAAAGUGCGGUAUCUGGUGUUUAAAUGGCACAUUUACCCCAUGGCUGUCAGUAAUUGUGAAAAUGGGAAGUCAGUUUGGUAAAAAAUAUGCUAUUUAUAGGAAAUUCUUUUACUUUGAUGCCCAUCUGGUUGACUGGAUGCGGUGUUCAUCAACCACAUGUGGAGUAUAUGAAGACAUGCUUUUUUAUUAAGGAGAUUUCAUUCAUUUGAAAGUCUGUUAUUAAAGGAAUUGCAUGAUACAGAGAAGGCCAGUGUGCCUUUUUGUAUUUUGCUUGCCAUACACUAGAUAAAAAAAGGUUUCGAGAUUAGUUCUGGACAUUUUUUUUAAAGGUUUUAAAGUUUUUCAAAUUACUUGCUGAUGUCAGAAAGAUGUUCUCAGUGCUGCCAUGUUCAGAUGCAAUUAUUCAAAGCCAUGUAGUCCAUAUUUCAUUCCAUAAUCAUUAAUAUCUCUCAAUAGUGCAAGGUAUUCAUGUGCAUCGUAGGAGUCGGACAUUGCACAGUACAUAUUUCACGAUACUUGCAGCUUCGAUACUGCUAGUAAAUAUUUCAUUCCACAAAUACCAUGUUUAAAAUAUGUAUCCGAAGCACCUUAUAGUAAUAUAUGUGGUUUUGAUCACCUGAAAUCGGUGUUCUGAAAUUGCAAAUUGAAAUUGGACGUAUGAAGUUAUGAAUAUUGUAGAUUAAAGCUUUAAACCAAUAAAACAUUGUGCAAUUA